AUUUGAAUUCACUGUUUUGCAGUCUUCUCCCCCUCCUUCUCCAUGCAGAACCACUCCUGUUUGUUCCUCUGUGUUCUCUUCCUUUUUGCUGCAACUUUCUGCCAUGGCAGUGACUUGACAACAGUUGAGGUUGUUGGGUUUGGAGAAUGUGCAGACUGCCACAAGAACAACAUUAAGACCUCCCAUGCCUUCUCAGGGCUUCGUGUAAGCAUUGACUGCAAACAAAAAGAUGGAGACUUCAAAAGAAAAGGGGUGGCACAGCUUGAUGAAGAAGGAAGAUUCAAAGUGUUGCUUCCAACUGAGGUCUUGAAAGAUGGAGAAUUGAGGGACGAGAAGUGCUUUGCACAGCUUCACAGUGCUUCUUCAGCCCCUUGCCCCUCCCAUGGUGGCUUGGAAUCCUCCAUGAUCGUGUUCAAGUCCAAAGAUGAGGGGAAGCAGACCUUUGGCUUGCCUGGUGGGCUCAAGUUCAAGUCUGCAACUUGUGCCUCUGCCUUCUUUUUGCCUUAUUUUCAUCACCCUCCUCUGCCUCCUCUCUAUUUCCCUCCUCAUCCCCCAUUGUUUACCCAUCCAUAUUUCCAUCACAAGUUCUUCCCUCCUAAGGCCUACCCCCCACCCACCCCAGAAGAGCCCCUCCCUCCCCCAGUCCCAGAAAAGCCUCCACCCGAGCCGCUUCCACCGCCGGUUUACAAGCCGAAACCGCCAAAGCCGCCUGUUUACGAGCCGAAACCACCAAAACCACCCGUAUACGAGCCGAAACCGCCGGUCUACAAGCCAAAGCCACCAGUUUACAAGCCAAAGCCACCAGUUUACAAGCCACUGCCACCAGUUUACAAGCCACUGCCUCCACCAGCACCAGUUUAUAAGCAUCCAUGGUACAAGAAACUGCCUCCAAUUCCAAAGCUUCCACCAUGUCCUCCAGUUCCCAAGGUCACCCCUGUUGUUGUUCCUCCAAAGUACUUCUCCCACCCCAAGAUUGGGAAGAAGUUUCCUCCACUGGCUCCUUCUGUUCCACACCCUUGAUUAGAACAAGUCUGCAGAACUCUAAUUAAUGUGUUUGGGGAAGAUGAGUGCUCUAUAUAUAUAUAUAUAUGUUUGAAUUCUUUGCUAUUUGUAAGUAAGGCAAUUGGUUGGUGUUGUAGUGUAUAUUAGCUUCAAAAUGUUGUUGGAUUGGUGCAAUAAGGUCUUCAAGUGGAGAUUCACAAGAAGAAACAGAUUCAGAGAAAGAGAGAGAUCACAGAUGGUAUAUUUGUGGAGUUUGUAUAAUUUGUUUUGCAUUGUAAAAUUGUUACAUGGAAUUUGGCUAAGUUUGUUGUUUGUUGCUGCAA